AUGUCACGACGAGGUACUGCAGAAAAAAAAAUCGCAAAAUCCGAUCCAAUUUAUCGUAAUCGAGUAGUUAACAUGUUGGUGAACCAUAUUAUGAAACACGGAAAAAAAUCAUUGGCGUAUCUAAUUAUCUAUCGAGCUCUGAAAAGGAUUCAACAAAAGACAAAAACAAAUCCACUAUACGUUUUACGUCAAGCAAUACGUGGGGUAACUCCCAAUAUAGGAGUUAAAGCAAGACGCGUGAGCGAAUCGACUCAUCAAGUUCCCAUUGAAAUAGGAUCGACACAAGGAAAAGCACUUGCCAUUCGUUGGUUAUUAGCGGCAUCCCGAAAACGUCCGGGUCGAAAUAUGGCUUUCAAAUUAAGUUCCGAAUUAGUGGAUGCUGCCAAAGGGAGUGGUGAUGCCAUACGCAAAAAGGAAGAGACUCAGAGAAUGGCGGAGGCAAAUAGAAUUCUUGCACAUUUUCGUUAA